AGGAGUGGCGGCGCGGCCGUCGGGCGUGCGCAGUAUCUGGCUCCAUAUUCUGGCCCUUUGAUUUGUGGCCCAUGGCACUUGUGAUAUGCCGAAGAUUUCCAGGUAGAUUCUGUGGAACCUCUUCCAGUCCGGCUCUAAUCCAGCACCACAAGAAGUUCCCUGGCCAGACCUGCGAGGCCUGUGUCCUGGCGGCCAGAACAGUCUGUACUGAUCCCAGGAUGGCGGCCCAUCUCCAGUUGUUAAAACAUUUAGGAUGUCGAGCAUUCUGCAGUCCUUUCGGUCACAGUGCAACCCGGAGUGUGGCCUGUUGGAAGGUGGGCAGCUGCCCGUGGCACAGGAGACCGCACCCUCCAGGACAUGGUAUUUGUGCCGCCACCAAUUCUGAGACUGUCUGUCGCACCUCUUCUCGGGGCCUCCUGAAAAUCCGCAGUGCCCUCCUGGAACUCAACAGAGCUUCUACCUCUAAGGCCGACACCUUGCAUCCCGACUCCGCCGGGCCCGGGAAAGCCGAUGAAGAUGUAGAAGUUUUCAAUUCCUUUGAAGAUCCCCGAGUUUUCCUCCAGCUCAGACCAGAGUAUCAGCGUCACAGCUACACCAGAUCUGAGCCUUGUCAGCCCCUGUCUGCUUCAGAAGGGGAACUCAUCCUGCACAAAGUCACCGUUCACCAGGAGAAUCUCCAACCCCAGCUCGUUGCUGACUAUCUCCGUCAGCUGACCUCUCUGCCGGCCCCACAGCACCCCGUGUUGUUGGCCAGCACGAGCUUUGCUUUGCUCUGCCAGCUGAGUGUGAAAAAAAUCCAACACUUUGAUGCCCCGGAUCUGAUCAGUAUCCUGAAGGCUUUUGUCGUUCUAAGAAUCCCGCCCUCUCAUCCCAUGCUGGACGUCUAUGAAACCAAAUUUUGCCAUAAGGUGUGGGCGAUGAACCUGGACCAGCUGCUCCUGGUGGCUGACCUCUGGCGGUCCUUGGGUCGCAGGAUACCUCGGUUUUUAGAGAUCUUUUAUAGUUACCUUAGUUUGCACUGGAGAAAUCUAACCUUGUCCCAGCUGAUACACUUAAUUUACAUUAUCGGCGAAAGUCGGCAGGUACCCCAGGACCUGAUGCAGAAACUGGAAUCCUUGAUUCUCAGGUAUAUAGAUUUGCUCAAUUUAGAGGAGGUGGGUACGAUCUGCUUGGGCUUCUUUAAAUCAAGCAGUAGUCUGUCCGAGUUCCUCAUGCGGAGAAUCGGAGACCUGGCCUGUGCCGACAUGCAGCGCCUGAGCAGUUACGCCCUAGUGAACAUCCUCAAAAUGUUGCGUUUUACUCACGUGGACCACGCCCCCUUCAUGAAGCAGUUUGGACAGAUUGCUCCCGCCCGGAUCCCGUCCCUGGGGGUUCAGGGCGUCAUGCACCUGACUCUCUCCUGCUCGGCCUUACGCUUCCUGGACGAGGGGCUCAUGAAUGCAGUGGCGGCUUCUCUGCCACCUCGAGUCGCGUACUGUCGCAGUAAAGACGUGGCCAAGAUUCUCUGGUCCUUUGGAACCCUGAGUUACAAGCCCCCCAACGCAGAGGAGUUUUACUCUAGUUUGCUGGGCGAGAUCCACAGGAAGUUGCCUGAGUUCAACCGAUACCCAGAGCAUCUGUUCACCUGUCUGCUGGGCCUGGCGUUUUCCGAGCGCUUUCCAGCGGAGCUCAUUGACUUUGCCUUGAGUCCGAAGUUCGUCAGGCUAGCGCAGGAAAGAAGCAAAUUUGAGCUCAUCAAAGAGCUGUGUACCCUUGAUGGCAGCGUUGGCAUCGAGUGUCCAGACUACCAGGGCAGCCGCCUGAGUUCUCACCUUCGGCAGGAGGGGUCAGAAAUCCUGUGGAGUUUAGCAAGGAAGGAUAUGACCUCGAAGCCUGAAUUUGUGGAAGCCCAGCUUUUACUUGAGGCCAUGUUGGGUGGGCCGCAGUACGUCAAACACCAUAUGAUUCUGCCCCAUACCCGGUCUUCUGACUUAGAGGUCCAGCUUGACAAUAACAUGAAGCCAGUGCCCUUUAACCGAGAAGCCGUGUCCGCCGAGGAGGUCGCCCAGCUGAAGCUCAAGCACGUGGGAGUCAGCCUUACGGAUGAUUUGAUGAAUCAGCUACUGAAAGGGAAAUCGAGAGGGCCCAUCCAGGGAGGGACUGGGCAGCAGCCUCCAGUCUUGGAGAAGCAGGCGACUGGACCCUUGGGGGGCUCCCUCAGUAAGGUGCCGGAGAAACUGGGGGCCGAGGAGGUGUCCGGCCCAGGUCUCCCAGACUCUCUGCCGGGCCCGGGGGUGAGGCUGGCUAUUCAGCUGACAAACAGGAACCAGUAUUGCUACGGUUCUCGGCAUCUUCUUGGACUGCACAGUAUGAAGAGGCGGCAGCUGAAUCGGCUCGGGUACCGUGUGGUCGAGUUGAGCUACUGGGAAUGGCUCCCCCUCCUGAAACGAACUCGCCUGGAAAAGCUGGCCUACCUCCACGAGAAAGUGUUCACGUCUGCGCUCUGAGGGGCCUGCAGGGGCCUCUCUGCUUGGAAGGGCUCUCAGCGGCCACAGUGUCAGGUGCUGGGGAACAGUCUAGGAGACCUAAGAGAUGUUGGGUAAAAAGAACAUCUGUUGGGGACACUCUCCUCUCAGGGCAGAUCGGAGCUGCCGUAUGUUACUAAGGAUUCCGUAAUGGUCCCAGUUGUACAAGUU